CCUUCUUUUGUAAUUACUCUUUCUCUUCCUGGGCUCAAACUUUCUUUCUUCUCCUUGGAGUCGGAAGUACUUUGAAGUUCUGGAUUGGUGCGUUGAUUCUCCAUAUUUUACCACUUUUAGGCUGGCUGCUGGUUUGCUGAGCAAUAUUAGGGGCAGAGUUUGGAGGAUUUUUUUCAAGAAAAGCAUUGCUUUUGCUUGGUCACUCAGGUACCUGAGCAGAAGUGUCAGGAGUACAGACAGACAGACUCAGCAUCACAGCAACAAUGACCUCAUCAGUCCUGGAGAUGAUCAAGGAGGAGGUGACCUGUCCUAUCUGCCUGGAGCUUCUGAAAGAACCUGUGAGUGCCGAUUGUAACCACAUCUUCUGCCGAGCCUGCAUCACUCUGAACUAUGAGUCCAGCAAAGGCAAAGAAGGGGAGGGCAUCUGCCCUGUGUGCCGAGAAUGUUACCUGUUUGGGAAUCUGAGGCCUAAUUGCCAUGUGGCCAACAUAGUGGAGAGGCUCAAGGAGUUCAAGUCCAGCUCAGGGGAGGAGCAGAAGGUGAAUGUCUGUAUACAACAUGGAGAGAAACUCCAGCUCUUCUGUGAGAAGGACAUGGUGGCCAUCUGCUGGCUUUGUGAGAGAUCUCAGGAGCACCGUGGUCACCAAACAGCUCUCAUUGAAGAGGUGGCCAGUAAGUACAAGGGGAAGCUCCAGGCUGCCCUGAAGAUGCAGAUGGCUAAUGAGGAAAGAUGUGACCAGUGGGAAGAUGACCUUCAAAAGGAGAGAACUUUCUGGGAGAACCAAAUACAGAGUGAGGUAGAAAACGUUGAGAUGGAGUUGAAAGGACUGCGGGAAUUCCUGGACUCCAAGGAGAAGAAUGAGGUUGAGAAGCUGAUGAAAGAGAAGGAAGACACUAUGAACAUCCUGGAAGGUUCUCAAAUUGAGCUGGUGAAGCAGAGGGAGUCAGUGAGAGACCUCAUCUCAGAUCUGGAGCAUGGGUUGCAGUGUUCAACCAUGGAGAUGCUGCAGGGUGUGAAUCAUGUCCUAACAAGGAGUCAGAACUUAAGACUGAAACAGCCCAAAAUGGUCCCAAGUAAACAGAGAAAGAUCUUCCGAGCUCCGGAUCUGAAGGGCAUGCUGCAAGUGUUUCAAGGGCUCUUGGAUGCCCAGCACCACUGGGUUCACGUGACCCUGAAUCAAACACAAGAUAAAAACAUUGUCAUUAAUGAAGACAAAAGACAAAUACAACAUCGAAAUGGUAAUAAAAGAAAUUCUCAGAUUUCUAAGACCUACAAAUUGGGUGUCCUAGGGUAUCCAGCUAUUCACUCAGGGAAACAUUACUGGGAAGUAGACGUGUCUAGAUGUGAUGCCUGGCUCCUGGGAAUAAAUAAUGGAAAAUGUGCUAAACCCCAGCUUUCUGCAGCAAAUGAAAAGAACUUCAAUGUCAAAUAUAAUUCUAAUGUUAAACGACAUGUAAAUUUUUCCCCUUUCACCUUUGACGAUGAUUACAAACAUGAUUUUGGGGACAGACAAUAUGUGAAUUAUCAACCUAAACAUGAAGUUAAAGAUGAUUCUGAUGAUAAACAACAUGCAAAUUAUCAGCCCAAAUGUGGCUACUGGGUUAUAGGGAUGAUGGACGGGUCUGUAUAUAAUGCCUUUGAAGAGUGUUCUGUCACCCACAAUGCCAGUGUCUUGCUCCUCUCUCUGACUCGUCCUCCCACUCGUGUUGGAGUUUUCCUGGACCGAGAAGCUUGCACUCUCUCAUUUUAUGAUGUUUCCAACCAUGGAGCUCUCAUCUAUAGAUUCUAUGAACCGAACUUCCCUAAUGCAGUUUAUCCAUAUUUUAAUCCUAUGACAUGUUCAGAGCCAUUGACAGUCUGUGGGCCACCCUCCUAAGCCCUCACCCAUGUCUGCACACUGUCCCUGUAUCUGAUGUAUCCCAUAUGUCUGAGAUCUGUGGCAUCAUUUUAACUUUUUCUACCUUUUGACUUACCAUUUCAGUGACCUUCACUUCUAAAUACAAACCAGUAUUGGUUCUUUU